ACGAGUAAAAAUAUGACUUUGUUCGUUACUGACACGUUGCCACUUAACUUCCCUGUCUCGACAUUGAAAUGAUUGGUGUCAUCUGCUGAGUAAUAUGCAGAUUAAUUUAUUCUAGUUCAGAAGUUAGGACUUAUUGGUUGCACACUUACAGAACCACUCGUUUGUUGCAUUUUAAACUGACAUAAAUUAGACAAAGUUUCAGUGUAUAUUAUUGUGAAGAUGUAUAAGGGCCCAAUUUUUGGUCACGAGAUGGUCAGUCCAUGGCCGAAUUUCAGACGAGGAACCUGUGUUGGUUAGAACGACAAUGAUGCAUCAACUUAACAGUGAAAUUAGUGUUACACCAACAGGCCGUGUGUUAAAGCAAUGACAGUAUCUGUUCCAUACAUACCUGAUUAUUCUGAAAGAAAUGUGAAUUAUGUGGUUAAGUUGUUACUGCUUGUAGAUGUUCAACAGUAAACUACUGUAGCAGUAAGUGGAUGUUCACCUGGGAACUAUGAAUGAGGUUUAUGGGAAGUUAGAACAAUAGUGCACUGGCCGUAUAUAACUGUGUAUUAUUGGUGGGGGGGGUUGUGAAAAUUGAAAGUAAAAGACUGUGAAACACAACUGUGCAUCUGUCGGAUACAUCAUUUAUAAUAGACACUACUGCACAUCCACCCCUUAUUGUUUCAGCCAGUAAGUUGACACCGGGACAACAAACAAAGAAACAAAGUAGGCAAACCGCUACAUAUGGUACUCCAACGUGAGGAGUAUUGUAUGUGGGCACAGUAAACUAGAACUCAUGAAGGUUGACUAGGAAGUGUGAACUCGAAGUGAUUUACCGUACAGAUUUAAAUGGAAGAGAUGAUACAGCCAAUCAGCACUGGGGUUUCAUAACGAAGAAGGUGCAGCAGCCAGUCAGUGAGCUGGUUCUAUGGAAGCAGUCACUGAGUAUGGGAGCAGCCAAUCAGCACACAGGUGGACACAGAUGAUCGAGAAAAACAAGGCACAUCGCCAAGAGGAUUACAACUUGCCACAGCCAUGCAGAUGAUGGACCAAGAUGACAACCACAACAGCAGCAGCAGCAGCAGCAGCAGCAGUAGCAGUAGCAGCAGAGCAGUAGAAGGAGAGUGAAUGAGAAUAAGAGGAGAACCACCUCCAAGGGAACUGAUAGCAGUGCAUUUCCUUACUAAUUGCCAUUUGGACCUGUUGAAGGUGUGGCCAACUUGCGUGUUCCAGAGAUGUCUACAAAAAGCUGGAGAGAAGCAGCAAGUAUUAUGAUAGCUGCACGAACUUCAUUCCAGCAAAUCCCUAAAUCCACUGCCAACUACAAGAUCCUUAUGCUAAAAAGGGGUAAGACCAGUCCUUUCAUGCCAGGAAGUUAUGUGUUUCCUGGUGGAGUAGCAGAGUCUUCAGAUGGUUCUAAGGAGUGGUUGCAGUUGUAUAAAGACAAUGGAUACACCAUCACAGAAGAAAAUGCAGGAGGUAGAACACAAAACAUGAACAUUUCGCAAUAUAUCCCCGAGAUUCUGCCACUAAAGAUUGCAGCUAUCAGAGAAACAUUUGAAGAAGCAGGAAUUCUUUUGUGCAAAAAUAAGCAUGUCCAUUUUCAGUCUCCAGUGUCAUACUGGGCUUCAUAUAUUUCAAGCUAUGAAACAGAAACCUGGCAGAAUAAGGUGAAAAAAGAUCCAAGUCAGUUUUUGGACCUGUGUAAACAUUUUGAAUGUGUUCCAGAUAUUUGGGCACUUCAUCUGUGGAGCAACUGGCUCACACCAACACACAAUACACGAAGAUUUAAUACAACCUUUUUCUUAGCAGUCUUAGACCAGAUGCCUCCAGCAAUAUGUGAUAAAACUGAAAUGGAUGAAAUGCAGUGGUCAUCUGUGAGUGAGUUGCUGUCUAUGAGCAACGUCUGCAAAAUAUGGUUGCCACCCCCUCAAGUUUAUGAACUAGCUAGACUAUACAAUUUUAAUGAUGUGGAAACUUUAGUUAAUUUUGCACAUGAAAGAGUCAAAUCUGGAUGUCCUUUCUGGAUGCCUGUGCACAUGAAAACAACAGAUGGACUACUCUUCAUACUUCCAGGUGAUGAUCUAUACCCAGAAAAGCCAGAUAUAUUUCAGGUUGGUACAAAACUUUCUGAGGUACAAAAGACAGCAGAAGAAAUGCGGACUGGAUGUGAUAAUCUGCAUCGUAUUGAAUACAUUGAAAAUGCUAAAACUAACAUUGUUCUUCAAAACAUACUUCCUAGUUAUGGACACAAAUUGCCACUGCUCUUAUUUGACAGGAACAACCUGUGAUUGGAAAAGAAGGGACUGUACAAUAUUUGAAACGGACAAAAACAACACCUAUAAAUGAAACAUACAGACGCUACAGGACAAAACUGCCUGUGACAGUGGAAUCCUGUUUUAAAAGGCAUUAAUAAUGGAUAAUUUUUGGAUUCCAGCUGACUGCAAUUCAUUCAUGUGAUAUGCUUUUUAUCUUCCAUAAAUUGACAAUUUAACAAAGGAUGAAGUGGAAUAUCAAGAGUUUAGCACUGUGUCAACAAGGAUUUAGAGACAAGAUGAUUCCACAAAGUAAAUAAUGUGUCACUGUUAUUUAUAGCACACUGUUUUUGUAAUGAAAUUUUUUAAAUCAGAUAUGGAUUCUAAAGUUUUAA